UUUUUUUUUUUGCUAACAUUAAUUUAUCGUUAUUUUGUUGAAAUAUCGGGAGAAAUUGUGGACCAAUAAUUUCUUCGCGCGUACAGACACACCAUCAAUAAACCCUACAUGAUCGAUAUUCAGCGCAAACUUAUCUUUCGACUGAGCUCAGCUGUCUCUCUCUGCGCUAUUCUGCUCUCACCUCCCACACUGACUACAAACAGCACGAUCGCUACAGCAUUCAACUAAAUAUUCAGUACUCACUAAAACCUAAUUAAGUGCAGCUGUAAAAAAAAAAAACAAAGAAAUGCCUAUGCUUGACAACAACACACCGCACACCGCUAAAGUCUUCACUUGCGCUUUCCUGCUUCUGACCGCUUGCUGGCUGCCCACGCUCAUCAGCUCCGCAAACAUACUCGGCUUCUUUCCAACAUUUUCUACAACGACGCUUUUCCACCAUUGUCGCAUCGCUGAGCUGAUCGCCAGAACUGGCCACAAUGUGACGGUCAUCGGUACGAUAGAGAAUGCAAGACCGAGAGCGCCAUAUCGCUACAUACAAAUCGAACUUCCUAGCGAGCAAUUGGGCAAGCUGCGACCCUUCGAAUGGAGAAAUCGUACUGCAUAUUGGGACUUCCUUAAGAUGCUGAGUAAUACGCUGCUGCUGUCCGAUAUGGCGCUGUCGCAACCGCUGAUGAAAGAUUGGAUAAAACACGCGAAAGAAAGUGAUUUUGAUCUUUUGAUAUUCGGUUAUUUCCUAAACGAUUUCCAAAUGGGACUUGCAUCACUAUACAAGUGCCCGAUAAUCAUUUCGAUAACGACGGGGCCGGCGUUUUGGAUCAAUCGAUUGGUGGGCAAUCCCGCAGAGGGCAGCUAUGUGCCUUCAGCGCUAACGCCAUUCGCACAGCCAAUGAAUUUGUUUGACAGUUGGUUUAAUUUUUGGAUUGUUCUUUGGGAGCGUACGUAUUUUUCGCGCGUAUUGGACCAAGAAAAUGAGGGAUAUUUUUGUUUACACUUCAACUGCCGGAAUAUCAGAAUGGACGAUGUGCGUCGCAAUAUUUCAUUGGUCUUCACCAAUAAUCAUUUCACUCAGGGACCCAUACGCCCAAAUGUGCCGACGAUGGUGGAGAUUGGUGGCAUACAAAUACCAGAACGUCGCAUUCCUUUGCCGCAACACAUAGCCGACCAUAUAAACAAAGCCGAAGACGGUGUUAUUUAUAUCAAUCUCGGUAAGGGUGUCAAUUGCACUGACUUGCCCAGAGCGCUGCUCGAUUCAUUGCACGAAGUGCUCGUCGAAUCACAACGCUACGUACUAUGGCGUUGGUCGCAUUGUAGCAAGCCGCGACAAGGAUCGAAAAUACUUUACACGCGCUGGAUGCCACAGAACGAUAUUUUAGCGCAGAAGAAAGUGAAGCUCUUCAUAACACACGGCAGUAUGAGCAGCUUAGGGGAGGGCCAAUAUCAUGCUGUGCCCAUGUUGGGCGUGACCUACUCGAGCGAACUAGUAGGUAACGUCAAGUUUCUAGCACAAUUCAAGCUCGCACAACGCAUUGACGCCUACAACACAAAUACGAAUGAAAUUCGAAGCAAGCUCUUUAGCAUGCUCAACGAUCAGUCAUAUCAGGAGCGUGCGGCCCUUUACUCGCUCCUAUAUCGCGAUCGCCAGUUGACGCCGCGGGAAACAGUACUCUAUUGGGUGAACUAUGUGUUGCGCUAUAGAGGCACGCCACAUAUGCGUUCGCCGGCCGCCGAAAUGACACAACUACAAAUGCUCGGACUGGAUUUGGUUAUUUUUACUUUUUCUACCAUAUUCCUGAUCUGGAAGUUUCGCGGUUUCUUAUGGCGUUGCCUAACUGGUCGUAUGUUGGGCAAUAUUCGUAAAUUUCUGCGUACAUAUCUUUUUGGAAACGAUUACGAAAUAGUGAUAGAGAAAUAUUCAAACAUACGUUACGAUGAAGCUGUGGUGGAUGCGGCGCGUGAAUGUCAAAUACGUCCUCAGACUGUUAAAGAUCCGGAUGCGCCGAGAGUGGUGCUCGGUAAAACGGCACGUCAGCGAAAAUUUGCCGGACGACGCAAACGCUAGACAGUACGGAAGAUAGUAACACUACUACACACUUAUAAAGUUACACGAAAGAGUAGUAGGUCUUGACAAAUGGACUUGACGCACGCAUUGAACUGAACGCUUGCCUAAAGUCGCUGGUGUUGCAAAAUGACGGACGGAAAAAUUAAUUUUGGGUGUUCUAUAAGAAAAGCAGUCAAGUUAUCAUUAAGGCUAAGCACAUAGCGGUGUAGAGUGCUGAGUAACGGAAAAAAUUAACGAACAGGAAAGUAUAUUUAACUAUGCAACUCGCGUAGUGUUGUGUGUCCUCGCUCUUUCAGUAUUGUGUACUUCGCUUGAGCUUCAA